UGGAGAGUGCAUCCGGAUUGAUUUCUUGAUGGAGAAAACUGAGAAACCUGGCAUGUACAGAUCCUUUUGGAAUUCACUACUUACAUACGUCUAUGAGCUGCCAGUGAUGGACCACUAUGUCUUCUACAGUGAACUCAAGUUAAUUGAGAAAAAAAUCUAUGCGGGAGAGCUCAUAGGGAAGGACCCCAAAGAAAACCCUCAGGCCCUAGAAGAGUUCAAGAAAUUCAUACAGUCAAAAGGCUUUCCACUAGAAAACAUCAUUGUGCCUCAGCAGAGAGGCAACUUACAGUAG